AUGGAUCCCGGGGGUAUGCGGAAGAAGGUGGCCGAAGCAGCAGCGCGCCUCAGGCUCUCCAAAGCCAGGAGGGACCUCGCGAAGCUGAAAGCUGCGAAAAAGAUGAUUGAAGAGGAGCGAGCAGAAGCAGCUGCAGAAGAAAGAGCUGCCGCGGAACUUGACAACACUGAAUACAUCAGAUGGCCAGCCUUCAGGACCAUGGAAACGAUCCCCGAGAUCUCUGAGACAAAGUCCGUUGAUAUACAAGUCCACGGCAUGAAAGCCAGGGUUUAUCUAAGCCGUCCUGACGAAGAUAUCGUGCCGCUGCGGUACCUCAAGAGAGCAGACAAAGAUAAGAUCGUCCAUCGCGCUGUCUGGAUCUUCCGCAACGCCAGAAAUGGACGUCGAGUCAAUCAGAAUAAAUGGCCUACCCUCGAGACCAUUUUCUUCGACGUCUUCCGUAACCUCAAGAACUCUCCUCAGUGGGAUAAAGGUCUCUUCGAGGACGAGGCAGGCAGUGCCGCUACCUGUCCACCAAACCUAGAAUUCAGACAAGCACGUUACAACCAAGACAACGUACUUCAUGCUCUCAUAUCCGAGUUGUUCUUUAACGUGGAUGUCAUGCACCCGACUUCAAAGCCUAUGCUUUGGUUCCACCUCUACCCAAAAGUCAUGGGAGAAUAUCUCGAAUAUUGGACCGGCUACAAAGAGAAACGUCAAGAUGGACCCUGUACCUCCGGCCGCGUCGUCGUUGAUUAUUACCCCGAUGCUAUGUACGCACGCACCGUCCUGCCAAUGACAACUGUCUGUAUAGUCUACUCUCCUAUCCAACCUCCCCCCAAAGACCAAACCCAGCCCACUAACGCACCCCCCCAACCACAGACUCUAACCGACAACCAACCUCUCCAUAAAACCCUCUCCCAAAACUUCCAACUUCACCUCGGCCAACUCCUAACCAACCUGCACCACAUGCACAUCCACCGCCACCACCUCCCCGACCAAGAAGUCUUCCUAAUCAACCUCCACGGCAGCAGACUUCACGUGCAACGCGCCAUUUUCCCCAGUUCCAAGAUCUCACGAAUCUACUGCAAGAAGUACAAGCCCGUCGACACUUCCAACACCGAACUGCACACUUUCCGCGCCGGAGAUGCCAAUCGUCGCUACACCGAGCAAGAUCUCGAGCACGAUAUAGAUCAACUUGAUUGGCUACACACUCUCAAAGAGGAGAGAACCGAGGCUCCGGACGAAGAUGCCGCUCCCGUGUUCCGCGUGCUCGCUAGCAAGGAAUAUGAUCUCUGGAAGAAGAGUGAAUGGCAUGCCGCGUUGAAGUUGUUGGCUGGCUUGAAUCGUUAUUUGAUGGGCGGCCGCGCUAAGUGUGGUGUCAUGCAGAAUAUGUUUGAGAAGUUUCCGCUGGAGGAGGAGUCGCAGCCUGUGGAGUCGUCGUCUGCGGCUAGGCGCUGA